GACGAUCAUUUGCCCCAACAGGUCAUCUGUAAUAUUUUUUUUUUUUUCAUUAAAAUAUCUCAUUUGAAAAUUUCCUAUUAUCAUGAUUGUAAUUUAACAGCAAAAUACUUAUCAUAAAUAUUUACAAAAAAAUUAAAAUUAAAACCCAUACACACACUUAAGACGAAAUUAAAAAUUUUAAAUUAAUGAUAAAAUAAAUGAAAAAUAAAUAAGAUAAAUUAAUCAAAAAAUAAAAUAUACAUAAAUGCUGACAUAGUGUUGAAGUAAUAAUUAUUAUCAUCAGCAUAUCAAUGUUGAGGAAUCAUUGAAAUGAUGAAUGGCGUCUCAAAGAAUCUCAUCAGUCGAUUGCAUUAAGUAGUAAUCCAGUGCAACUUGAAGUGAAAUGAUCAAUACCGUCUCCCUAAAAAUGUUUAUAAAUUUAUCUGUAUUAAUUUUUGGAUUACUAUUAACAUCUGUUAAAUCAAACCCAGAUGAGGAGACACUUGAUAACGUUGAUAAAUCAUCAGGUAAAAUAAUCAAUAAAUUACCUACAGAACCAGCAACAUUUAAUUUAUAUACAAGAGAAAAUCCAUUUAUUGAAGAGCAGCUAUUUUUAAAUAAUACUGAAGUAUUGUAUGCUUCACAUUUUAAUGAAAGUCGUCCAACUAAAUUUAUCAUUCAUGGAUUUAGUGAUAUUGGAAAUGAAGCGUGGAUACGUGAUUUACUUGAUGCUUAUUUAAAAUAUGAAAAUGUUAAUGUUAUUGUUGUGUGUUGGGGAGCAUUGGCAGCUGGACCAAAAUAUAUGAUUGCUGCAAAUAAUACAAUAAAAGUUGGUGAAUAUCUUGGUGAAUUUUUGUUGUUUUUAAAUCGUGAAUCAAGUUUUGAAGUGGCUACAGUUCAUAUCAGUGGUCAUAGUUUGGGUUCACAUGUGGCAGGAAUUACUGGAAAAUUAUUGGAAGGAAAAAUUGGUAGAAUAACUGGUCUUGAUCCAGCUGGUCCACUGUUUGAAACAGCAACUGGUUUAAUUGAUCCAGAUUUUAGACUUGAUUCAACAGAUGCACAAUUUGUUGAUGUUAUUCAUACAAGUGCACAUGGAUUUGGACUGAUAGCACCAAUUGGUCAUGCUGAUUUUUAUCCAAAUAAUGGAAUAUUUCCACAACCUGGAUGUUCAUUUGCACCAACGACAACUUACUGCAGUCAUUCGAGAGCACAUCAAUUCAUGACAGAAAGCAUUGGCAGUGUGACAGGUUUUAAAGCAAGAACUUGCAAUAAUUGGAGUAAAUAUAAAGAUGGAAAAUGUGAUCAUCAUCCAGUUGUUUUGAUGGGAGAAUAUGCUGCAACAUCAUUACGAGGUAAAUUUUAUUUAUCAACUCAUGAAGCACCACCAUUUGCAAUUGAUUAACAAAAUAAAAAAUUUAUAAUUUGUUGAAAUAAUCAAGUUCGUGCUAGUCAUUUACAUUUUUGUUUUUUUGUCUUUUAAAUAUAAUUUAUUUAUCACGUUCAUGGAUUGCCUCUCAAUGAAUGAUAAAGAAAAAAAAAAAAAA